AUGAUAUUGUGCGCGGUAUUCUUCAUGCUCCUUGCUGUUCUUGUUACACCAAUACCUUCAACUUCAAAAGCAACGUCAGCAACAACGACAACAUCGUCAUCAGCAACAAUAACAACUACAGCAAGACCCACAACAACAACGACUAGCAGCAAAAACUUCUACAAUAACUUUAUCAACGAACUGAUUGCCGACCACAACAGCUCGGGCAUUUAUUUAUCGCUUGAUAACAAAACCGGGAUUGAAUUUUACAAUAACUUAAUCAAUGAACUGCUCAGCAACAGCAGCUCAGACAUUGACUUGCAUGUUAGCAGCGAUGAUCCCAGUGUGGUCGUGUCGCUUGAGACCAAUCACUCGCACGUCGAAUUACAGCUGGACAUUGGUGAUCCUCGCAAUGAAAUAUUGUUGGACAUUGACGGUAAUAACAGACUGGCGUUCAAGGCUGGCGAUCCAAACACCAAUUUAUUGCUAGGAAACGAUGCUCAUGACAUUGAUUUAUGGUUCGGGAGAAACUGCAAUAACAAUAACUACAACAGUAACAGCAAUGUGGAAUACUACAACAACUUUAUUAAUGAGCUUAUUAAUGGCAAUGGUACUGAUAACAGCUUGGUCAAUUUGCUAAUAAAUAAAUAUGGCGUGCCUUACACCAGCUACAUAAUCGGUGGGCUAAGAAAUGGUAAUGAUACUGAAUACUACAACAAAUUGAUCAACGCUUUACUUAUUGAGAACGGCAUGAAUAACCGCAACAACAUGACCAAUUUACCGAUGGAAAGCAGAAAUGGCUCAAACAACACAAGAGGCGUUGUCUACAAUAAUUUAAUCAGUAGGUUAUCAAUAAAACAGAAACGGCACAAAGUAGUGUAA